UAUAAGGAUUUUAGAACUGUUCCCUGUUGUUUAUGCAGGAGUCUGGCUCUGUGAGGCGUUGCCUUAAUUGGUUUUUAGAUGCUGUCAUGAGUAACUCAGAUAAAUAAUACAAGUAAGGGUUGGAGUUUGUCACUGCUUUUCUUUACUCUUCAGCUUUGAGCUUUUCACUCUCAUGCUGUGUCUCAAACAAAUUUAGUCCUUAUCUGAUAUUUUCUCCCUCUUUGAAGUAAAUGCCUUCAAAAUAAGCCCCCUCACUUUUCAUUUCCUUCAAUGACUUACAUUUGUGAACUGUUGUCAUGUGUGACUGAGACAUAUCUUAGAGAUGCUUUUGUGAAGUUUGCAAAUUAAUGGUGGAACAUAAAUGUGUUCUGGGAGGAUCCAGGAAGGCACAGCCAACGUCGUGUGGCGAAGGUGAAAUCUCCCAGUGGGUGUCCUAGAAAAGUUCUGAAUCUCUUCUGCCUUAACCACCUUGCUGGAUCAUGUGAAAUUGUGCGUGAGAUCUCUUCAUCUACCACAUAAGGUAACUUAGAAGAGAAAUGUCCAGUGGUACUUCUGUUUCUCCUACUGGAUGAAAGUAACUUGGAAGCUGAUUUGCAGUGAAUAAUCAGAGAAGCCACACAGCAUUUUCUGGAAUAUUGCAUGAUCUCAUAAUGAAGAUCUCUCUCCUGCAGCAGAUGUAUAAGGAUGUCCUGGCAGGCAUUCCCCUAGCAAGGGAAAGCCAUCAUUAUUCCUCUUUAAUUAAUCUGUGUGAGGAGCAGCCACCAGGAGGAGAUGAAUCCUGUCAUCAGCAGCAUCUGCCAUCUACUGCUGGUGGUGUUGGGAGCCAUCAGGACACUGAUUUGUCAGAUGUUGUCUCUGCAACAGAUGAUUUAUCCAACAGCUUUGCAAACAUGAACUCCUCAUUCUGCCCACGAGAGGUGAUGCUGCUCCAGCUCACCUUGAUCAAAAUGAUGGUGGCCAAAGCAGAGUCCCAGGAAACUGAACUCCACACGAGACUGAAGUACUAUGAAAUCUUUGUUCUUCUUCUGAAGGAGGCAAAAAUUGACUCAAAAUUGAUUCACCUGCUCGGUUCUGAUGAUCGGCUGUUAUCUCACAUGGCCUCACAAAGUUUAGCAUCUCUUGUGUAUUUCCAGCUGAAGAAAGAGGACGCCUUGAAUGUCCCGUGGCUGAGCUUUAGCCUGGACGCGCUGUUGGGAUUCCCCGGGAACGCGCGGGUGGCCGAUUGCCUGCGGACUCUGGCAGCGAUUCUCAAGGAGACGCUGAAGGACGCGCUCGUAGCCCGAGCAGGUCAUCUGAAGAAGUUGUUGGCUCCUCUUGAUGCAGUGCUUGAGGGAUUUUAUAAUGCCAUCCUGCUCCAUCAUUUUGACAGUCACCACUACACUUCACCUUAUUCCGAAGCUACAAACAAUCUGAUCAGUUUUAUAGAUCUGCUUGAAGCACUUUUGGCUUCCAGAAUUGAACUGGAAUUACCGCUCAGGUGCCAGAGAAUUUUAUUUUUGAAAGUUUCUUAUGUCCUCAAUGUUAUUAGCUCAUCAAUUCCUUAUGUAAUCAAGAAGAAAUUCAUUUUGCUCCUUAAAAAAUGUGUCCUUUACAAGUCCAGAGAAGAUGCUAAAGGUGGAUCUCUGUUCUUACAAACCCCAUCUUUGUGUGAGGAUAUGCUUGCACUGAGUAAUGUUGUUCUGCAGGUUGUGAAUUUGACUUGGCUUAAUCAGAUCCCACUCACUGGAAAGUCCAGCUACUUUGGAAGCAGUGAAACUGCUCCUGGACAUGAUUCUCAAGUUGGUUCUGACCAAACUGUUCUCAGAGCCUUAAGUCUGGUUGUGCUUAAAGCACUGGAAUUCAAGAUUCACAACUCUGCAACAGAAGCAGAAAUCAAAGGAGACUUUGAGAGCUCCAUGUCCCAGCUGCUGAUGUUCUGCAGGAGUCAUGUAAAGCCUUCCCCACAGUCUCACCCAGUUGUGCAUCACUGUGAAUGGCUCUCCUUGGUUUUCAUGGAGCAAGAUGAUGACAUGUGGGAAGCUGCUAAAACUUUAUUACUUAUCUAUUUAAAAUUUGAUAGGCUACGGUGUGAUGCUGCUGAUAGCCUAAGUGAAAGAGAGGAGGAAUCCUGGAAGUUCCUUGUGCAUGCAGGUGGAUACAACCCACACUGUAUCUUCUUAUUUUUUCUGGAAAAGAUUGCAUUUGAUUCCACAGUACUUCUAGAUUUUUUGAUUUCAUCAGAAACUUGCUUUCUGGAGUACUUGGUCAGGUACUUAAAGCUUCUUGGGAAGGAGUGGCAUCAGUUUGUAGAUGCCUGUAACCACUUCGAUACCAAGCACAGCACUUUCCAUCCAGUUUGUUCUGUCAAGCCACCCCACCGAGAAGAGCAAAGUUGCAUGACUGGGGAGAGUUUGCAAAAUGCUGUUUGUGCAGCAGAACCACAGACUCCGAUGUCUUUGGCUCCUCCUCACAAGUGCCCGGUGUUUACAGCACAGCAGGGUGAUAAUGAGGCUGCAGAGUGGAGCCAGGCUGACUCACUGACCUGCACUGAUAGCGCGUCCCUGCUCGGUUCUCUGCAAAGCCUGGUUAAUUAUGACAGCUCAGAGGACUCGGAGGUGGAAUCAGAUGGAAAAGAGUGCUUGGUAAACACAAAACAAUUGCCUUCAAACAAUGAGGGUGAGAGGAGGAGGAGGGAAACUGGUUGCAGCUGCAGAGAUGAUGACUGGAAUCCACACACCUCUGAAGUAUCACCUCUGAAACCAAAGGGAUCUCGUACCUCAUCCUGUUGGACUUGUAUGGCAUCUCCAGAUAACAUUGCUCCCCUACGAGUAAUGCUUUACAAAUCAACAAAGUGUUUGGAAGAGCUGCAAGAGGCUAUUUCUAGGUUGCAGAGAAGAAAUCUUUUCCCAUAUAAUCCAUCUGCGUUGUUGAAACUGCUGAGCCACGUUGAGAAGAUGAGUAAAUCCAUGAAUCUACAAUAACCCAAAAGUGUUCUUGUGGGUUUUUUUAACAAGUUCACCAGGGAAUAUUUCCAUUAGCUCAGUGACUUCUAAAGCUCAUGCCUCUUGCACUAGUCAGUGCAUUUAACCUAGUCAGUGCAUUUAACCUCAGGAAGGGUGAACAUAGAUUUGGUUGGCACCCUAAAAUCUGGAAUUGCAUCCAGUGAUAUGAUCCAUGACCUGAGGGUCCUAAGCUCAUUCAUGGUGUGUAUGUCAAUGUACAGUAUAUAAGGAUUAGUUGUUGGAUAUUCAACAUUUUGUAAUAAAUAACUCAUAAGAAAGCAUUUCAAAAAUAAAUGAUAUUUAAAGUCUUGUCAAUUAUACUUAAUGUCAUUCCAUCUCUGAGUCCAUUGCCAGAUUACUAGUGGUUUAUGGACUUAGGGCAAAGUUAAUGCAACACUUGACUGCUUAGAAGUUGGGCUAAAUAAUAUAGCUGAGGACAGUUUACUGUUUAUCCUGUGCGUUCUGCAUUGGUGCAUUGCUCAAAGUGGACCUCCACAUGUCUAUAUUCCUUUAAUUAAAAGAAAAAGUAGACGUGAAAUUAAAGCAUAUAUUGUCUGUGGAAAAUUUUA